CCGCCCCGCCUGCCAUUGCCGGGCGGCGCGGCGGGUGUCAGCAGCGAGCAGCGGCGGGCGGCGCUCCCCGGUGCGUCCCGCUCCCGUUCCGCCGCCGAUGGCCGCCGGUCGCCGCGCUCCCCCGGAGCCCGGUGGGGGCCCGGUAUUACUUCAAGGGAUCUUCGGUGCGGGAGCGACCCCCGGUGCCGCCUCCUGUUCGCUGGUUCUGACGGCCCGGGAGCUGCAGGUGCGGCGUCCCCCCGGUUCCUCCGGGGGUUCGCCCGGUCCCGACGCCGCGCUCCGCCUGGCCGACUGCGUGGGCUCCGUCGCCUUCCCCGCCGCCGCCGCCGCCGCCUGCUUCUCCGUGGUGUGUUACCCCUUCCGCGGACCCCGCUGGGGCUCGCCCGCCCGCCAGCGCCUGGAGCGGACCUUCCGCGUCUGCCUGGGACCCGACGCCGAGGGCAACCUGCGCAUCGCCCAGGCCUGGAGCCGGAGGAUCCGGGAGCUCUCCGUGCCCGCCGUGCCCACGCAGGACGGUGACAGCUAUGGGGUGCUGCCCCGGCCCUGCCGUGCACUGGUGCUGCUGAACCCGCAGAGCGGCACCGGCCGUGCGCUUGAGGACUUCCAGGCGGUGGUGCAGCCCAUGCUGGCCGAGGCUGACAUCGCCACCACCGUCUUCAUCACUGAGAGACCCCACCAUGCGCAUGAGAAGGUGCGGGACGAGGACCUGUCGCAGUGGGACACGUUGGUGGUCAUGGCCGGGGACGGGCUGCUCUACGAGGUGGUGAACGGACUCAUGGAGCGGCCGGACUGGGAGGAGAUCAUGAAGAAGCCGCUGUGCAUCCUGCCGGGGGGCUCCGGGAACGCCCUGGCCGCCUCCAUCAACCACUACGCAGGCAACAAUCACGUCGCCAAGAAGAAGCUGCUGACAAACUGCACCUUCAUCCUGUGCAAGGGGCUGCACACACAGAUGGACCUGGUCUCACUGAGCACUGCCUCGGGCAAGCGCCUCUUCUCCUUCCUCGGCUUCGGCUGGGGCUUCAUCUCGGAUGUGGACAUCGACAGCGAGAAGUACCGCUGGCUGGGCAAUGCCCGCUUCACCCUGGGCACCCUCCAGUGCCUGGCCAAGCUGCGGGUGUACCAGGGCCGCCUCUCCUACCUGCCCGCUGUCCCCGAGCAGGGCAGCCCCCCGGCACCCAGGGACCCCCACGCGCCUGUCACCAACGGCCAGGCUGGCCGCAUCCUGCCGCCGGCGGGGACGGAAGCGCCUGGGGCUCUGCCCACCGACUCGCUGCUGGUGCCGCUGUGCCAGCCGGUGCCGGCGCACUGGACGGUGGUCCCCGAGGAGGAGUUUGUCUCCGUCUAUGCCAUCUACCAGUCCCACCUGGGCACCAACCUGCUGAUGGCACCGGCGGCCCAGCUGCACGAUGGUUGCAUCCACCUCUUCUACCUGAAGGCCGGCAUCAGCCGCGUGGCGCUGCUGAAGAUCUUCCUGGCCAUGGCCAGGGGGACCCACCUGGACUUGAACUGUCCCCACCUGCGCUACGUCCCCGUCCGGGCUUUCCGCCUGGAGCCGCGGGCGGCCACGGGCAUCAUGACAGUGGACGGCGAGGUGCUGGCCUGCGAACCCGUGCAGGGCCAGAUCCACGGCCGCCUCUGCCGCGUCCUCAGCGGCUCCUGAGCUGCCAGGUUCCCCCUGCACCCCGCAGCGCUGAGCUGCCGGCACGGCCCAGCACAAGGGCGGCAGAGCCUUCCUCCCACUCAGGAACCUCCUCCUCCUCCCAUAGCAAUAGCUCUCAGGGGCCGUGGGUGCUCGUCCCCUCGCUUGCCCCCAUGCUUAGCUUUAUCCCCUUAGGACGGCCACCAGUGCUGUCCCAAAAAUGAGCCACGAGCCCCAUCAGGUACUCGGUGCCGGCGAGAUGCCAGCGUGUUUUAUCCCGGUACAAGGUCCUGGCCGCGGGCGGCUGCGCCGGCACAGCCCCAUCCCCUCCUCAGCUCAAAUGCACAUGGUGGCAUUGCUCGCAUCCCUGCUGCGGAGCCAGUGCCAACCCGAGGGAUGGUCAGGACCAAUAUAUCCAGUACAACAAAUUGACUUUUUUAAGAAUGUUUCUACCCAAAGCUUCCUGUAGAAGCAGAGUUUAUUCUUGUGAGAAAUGCAAUAAAUAUCUAGCGUUUGCAAGAAACUCCCCCUGGGUUUUAAAUCUGAGCUCACGGCUGCUGUCAGGGGCAGGGCUGUGGUGCUGUCACCCCCGGCUGGGCUCACACGCAGCCCGGCCACGCGGCUGUCAGGAUGGAUUUAGCUCAGCACCACGGCCCUUCGCUCCCCAGCAUCCUGCCUGCGCUGCCAGACCGCUGUCAUCUUGGGGCCAGAACCAGCACGGAGCGAUGGCCCCAGGAGAUCCUCCCAGGGGAGAUACCAUGGAGGUAGGACAUGGGGCACCCCGAUUUUUGGGGUGUGCUGGUACCUCCCUGCUCAGCCUCACACCGGGGCUGAUUGAAUCCAGGGAGCUCAGCCCCGCAGCAAUGCUUUGGGACAGCUUGGGGAAGGUUCAGUGCCUCCGAGUGAGGGCAGGGAAAGGGUCAUAGAAGAGGUUCAAGGAGGGGAUUGUUGGAGCGGAGAGGUUUGGCUUUCCGCCGGGAGCAGGGGCCCUACGGGGAGCUCACACAUCCCCUUUCCCAGGCAGCCCGGGGCCAGCUGGAGCCCUGCAACAGGUCCCUGCCCACGGGCUUGCCUGGGGGGGGGCAUUACUCAGCCUGUUUAGUAUAAAACUGCAGUAAUUAAACUUCAUUUACAGUGCUCAAGUACAAAGCAGAAGAGUAAAC